AUGAAGCGAUUGGUGGCUUCAAUCGCCCAACGAUAUCACAGCGUGCUGAUGGCCAACGUGGGCUACCUCAACGCAAGGCCCACUCGAUACCUCCAAGUGAAGUCGUGGCCAAUUUUCGUGGGGAAUCUGCUCUGUCCAAUCAUCGGACGGGGGACUUUAGUGUACCAGGGCUUCGCCGAGAUGAUGGGCCGCCAAGUGCGGUAUGGGGAGGGCUACCAGAGCAACUUUUCCCCGUUCAAGGACACGAUUCUCCUAGCUGCGAUGGCCUCGGCCUUGGCCUCAGGAGACAACCCAACAUUGUGUUAUUUGAUUACUCGACGCCUUCUACCGCAAACCCGCACCGACAAGAAGCGGUCGUCGCUGCUGCUCAGUUCCGCGGCCAAGUACUUGUUUGAGCAGUCCCAUUGGAUACACCACGAGAUCUACUACAUGGACCCGGCGUCGGCGUUGUUCAGCGGACUAGUCAUGCUGCGCUGGAGCGAAUCGCUUUACGUGAUGGACAUCAACCUGUGGCGACUGUUGACGUUCGAACGUGGAUGCAGAAGACACGCUACCUCGACAUAUUUGCAGCUGGCGAUUCCGCACGUUGAAUAA